AUCCAGCAUGGUGGACAGCUGCUGAAUGGUUCACGAAAUCUUGGUAUUCUGAUGAUGUUUUGAGGCCAACUAAACCGGUCAAGAAACUAUGGGUCGUACGGGAAGCGAGUCUUCGAGACGAUUGCCACGCCAUCUCAGAUAUGAGGACAUUCCAACUCAUACAUUUACCCCAAGAACAUACCAGGUGGAGUUGUUGGACGCGGCUGUCCAACAGAACACAUUGGUAUGCCUUGAUGCCACCUCAAGUCGUAUGUUCCUCAGUGUGAUGCUGCUUAAGGAGCAUGGCCAUCAGUUACAGCUGCCACUGGACCAGGGAGGAAAGCGGGGCGUGUUCCUUGUCAACAGUGAAAAUGAUAUUGCCAAGUAUGCCCUGAUGAUUGAGCACCAAACAGACCUGACAGUGGGGCAGUACUCCACCGACUGUCAGGACAGGGACAAUGAUUGGUGGACACUGGAGGUACACAGGACACAAGUGCUGGUCAUGCUUCCCUCAUUCUUCCAUCAUGUCAUUGAGGAAAAUCUCCUGAAAUUAUCUCAAGUCAAUGUGCUCAUCUUUGAUCACUGCCAACAUGUACUGGACCCCGGUCAUCCAUAUGAUCUCAUCACAAAAAAGCUGCAGUUACAAAGCGAUGCUGAGGAGUCUCCCCGAAUUCUGGGCCUUACUUCCUGUUUCACCAGCAAGCAUUGUCAAGACCCAAUCGAGUUGGUUACAACCAUAAAAAAACUGGAGAAGCGCUUCAGUGCCUCUGCAGAAACCUCAACUCUUGUUUAUUCUGAGAGGUACGGAAUGCAGCCCACAGAGUUAGUGUUUGAGUGUGACAAGUAUGAGGAUACAACUGGCAUGGUUGAAGAAUUAGGAAGUAUGUUGGAAAACACGCUUCAUUUUUUGCAGGAAUGUAACAUUAAACUGGAUGGAAAGGGUGGUGGGGACCCGAUAGAAACUCCCAAAACUGUCAUUGUGGAGUGUCUCAAUAUCCUGUACCGCCUAGGUCCUUGGUGUGCAGUGAGCCUCGCACAGAUGUUCGUCUCUCAGCUGGAGAAAAUUGACAAGCAUGAAACUGUAGAUGUGAAAAAGAAGUUCCUCCGCCUGGCUGCCACUCAACUACGACUGCUCAUCCAUCACUUUGAUAGUAACUUCUCACCGGAGUACGACGUUGAGGAACUGCUACUGUACACCACGCCAAAAGUGAAAAAACUCAUUGACCAUUUGCGACGGUUUAAACCUGACUGUGACUUCAAGAUAAUCAGCACAGAAGAUACGGAUGAAAUGGACGACGAUUCUUACAUGUCCGAUGACAGUCUCGCCUUGACCGAUUCCUCAGAUGAUGAGGACAGAUCAGGAGGGUCCAAGAUCAUACAUGUGGCUGUUAAAAAGGAUAUUCCUGAAGACAAAUCGGGGAUAGAGUUAUUCUCCGGAAGUGAUGACAAAUACAUGUGUGGCAUUGUGUUUGUCGAUCAUCGUUAUGUGGCUUUUGCCCUGAACAAAUUCAUAGAGGAAGUAUGUGCAUGGGACGACCAGUUAUGUUUCAUCAAGAGUCACCACAUCACCGGGCAAGGAUCCAAGAAGGAAGGCAGUAAGAGCUACAAAAAGCAGGAGGAUAUCCUACGUAAAUUCCGCCUCCAAGAGCUCAACCUCUUACUGGCUACUGAUGUGCUGGAAGAAGGAGUGGACAUACCGAAGUGUAACCUCAUCAUCAAGUUUGACCCACCGAAGGAUUACCGGUCCUACAGCCAGUCAAAGGGACGAGCUCGAGCUAGAGAGUCGGAGUACGUGAUUUUAGCAGACAAGUCAAACCUGAAGGCCUUCAGAACAGGGUUGGCUAAAUACAAGGAUAUCGAAGGGGUCCUGAAGGGGAUCUGGAAAAGACAUGAUGAUGAGGACCAGAUAAACUGCGACAACAUCACUGACCUCUACCAUGACAUCCUGCCACCCUACAAACCGUGUGAUGAGGAGGGAGGCGUCCAGGUCACUCUCACAUCAGCCAUUGGUCUAGUCAACAGAUAUUGUGCCAAGUUGCCAAGUGACGCCUUCACCCACCUCACACCAAAGUGUGUUAUUGGUGCGAUUCAGAAGGGUGAGCAGACGGUGUACAGCGCCACCUUGAGGCUUCCAAUCAACUCGCCAUUGAAAGAAGAAAUCCAGGGUAUCCCCAUGCCUACCAGGAUGUUGGCCAAACAAGCUGUAGCAUUGAAGGCUUGUGAGAUUCUCCACAAGUCAGGGGAGAUUGAUGAUCAGUUACUUCCAAUUGGAAAGGAGCUUUUCAUGAAGGAGGAGGAAGACUCGAGUACAUUGGACAGUGAAGACAUUGCAGGGGAGGCAAGGCCCGGCACUACAAAGAGAAAGCAGUACUACAUCAAACAGCUUGGCUCAUCAUUGGUGAAAGGUCACCCCACUGUGGACACCAACUUCCUGUUUCUUAUCCAAUUAACACUGACCCAGCCUAUAUCUGAUGAUCAGAACACCAGAGGGCGCCGUGUGUACACCCCGGAGGAAACAAACCGAGGUUUUGGACUGCUGAGUUCUAAACACAUACCCAUGAUCCCUACAUUUCCAUUGUACACAAGAUCAGGGGAGGUCACUGUAUCCUUGGACCUGUUACGGAGUGGUACAUCCUUCACGGAGGAAGAGCUUGCCAGAUUGCAGGAGUUCCACCGAUUUGUGUUUACAGAAGUGUUACGUUUGGAGAAGGACCCCAUGGAGUUUCAGCCAGACCAGGCCGACCUUGGCUACUGUAUCAUCCCCCUCAAUCGCAAAACCGACAAUUCAGAUUAUUUUGUUGAUUGGGAUUUUAUUGACUUGGUGAAACUUUCCAAACAAGCAGUGAAGAGAAACAUAUAUGACUCCAAGCGGGAAAUCUUUGAGUUUAAGAAAGACGAGUAUGAAGAUGCCGUUGUUAUGCCAUCGUAUCGUAAUAUUGACCAACCACAGCAUUUCUAUGUGGCAGAAAUACGCAGUGAUCUCAAUCCGUCCUCUGCAUUCCCCUCGCCUGAGUUAUACAAGACAUUCAGUGAAUACUAUACUACCAAAUAUGGUCUGACCGUGACCAAUCAGGAACAGCCUCUACUCGAUGUGGAUCACACUUCUGCUCGUCUUAACCUUUUGACCCCUAGAUACAUGAACCAAAAGGGUGUUGCUUUGCCAACAAGCAGUGCAGAGACUAAGAAAGCCAGGAGAGAAAAUCUGCAACAGAAGCAAAUUCUUGUCCCAGAACUUUGUGAGGUACAUGUCUUUCCAUCAUCUCUCUGGAGAAAGGCUGUUUGUCUUCCCACAAUACUCUACAGGAUCAAUUAUCUCCUGGUUGCCGAGGAGAUUAGAAUCCGGAUUGCAACCAGCGCUAAUAUCGGACAAGUGGACCUCCCACCAGGGUUUGUGUUCCCUGCACUAGACUUCGGGUUCUCUGUGCAAGAGGAAAAAGAGCAUGUGGAUAGAACUGAAGAAAAAAUGUCUUCACAGGAAGGACAGAAAGAGAACGAAAAUACGAAAAGUGCUGAUAAACAGGUCAUAACUGUUGACGAAAAUGUGCAGACAGAAGAAUUGGAAAAAACAAAAGUAUUGGAAAAGGAAAAUCAGGAUACCGGUAUUAUGGAAAGUGCAAAAGUGUAUUCAGAAGAAAGGGAUGUUGAAAAUAUGAACAUGGAAGGGAAUGGUGAAAAUUUGAAAUCUGGCAACUACACGACAAGUAGAAUUAAUGUGAAAUCUGACCGUGACACAACAGUGGUUGCUAGUGAAAAUGUGAAAUCUGACCGUAACACAACAGUGGUUGCUAGUGAAAAUGUGAAAUCUGACCGUGACACAACAGUGGUUGCUAGUGAAAAUGUGAAAUCUGACCGUAACACAACAGUGGUUGCUAGUGAAAAUGUGAAAUCUGACCGUGACACAACAGUGGUUGCUAGUGAAAAUGUGAAAUCUGACCGUGACACAACAGUGGCUGCUUGUGAAAAUGUGAAAUCUGACCGUGACACAACAGUGGCUGCUAGUGAAAAUGUGAAAUCUGACCGUGACAUAACAGUGGCUGCUAGUAAAAAUGUGAAAUCUGACCGUGACACAACAGUGGCUGCUUGUAAAAAUGUAAAAUCUGACCCUGACACAACAGUGGUUGCUAGUGAAAAUCUGAAAUCUGACCGUGACACAACAGUGGCUACUUGUGAAAAUCUGAAAUCUGACCGUGACACAACAGUGGUUGCUUGUGAAAAUGUGAAAUCUGACCGUGACACAACAGUGGUUGCUUGUGAAAAUGUGAAAUCUGACCGUGACACACCAGUGGCUGCUUGUGAAAAUUUGAAAUCUGACCGUGACACAACAGUGGCUGCUUGUGAAAAUGUGAAAUCUGACCGUGACACAACAGUGGCUGCUUGUGAAAAUGUGAAAUCUGAACGUGACACAAUAGUGGUUGCUUGUGAAAAUGUGAAAUCUGACCGUGACACAACAGUGGCUGCUUGUGAAAAUGUGAAGUUACAGGAAUCGGUAACAGAAAGUGAAGUUGUCAAAAGUGACAUUGACUAUGAAAAUGGUCAAAACAGCAAAAAGACAGACACAGGAGAAGAACAGGUUACACCAGAAAAGGCUCCGUCUGUCGACAAGGAACAGAGGACAGAACUCUUUAGUCAAAAUACUGUUGUCAACAAAGAAAAGAGUGGAGGCAGCCAUACUAGUCAAGUUUCACCAGUUGUUUGUGAAGGUGAGGAUCAAAGAACAUUGUUAUGUAACGGGCACUAUGCAGAAGAAACUGACAAACAAUGCAAGCUAAAUAAAGAUAUCUGUGAUAUAGAGUGUAAAUAUUGUGUACAGAGGGAUCUCUCUACACUGAACAACCAUGACUGUGGUCAUACACAACUGGCACAAUGCAUCAAAUCUUGUAAAAUAAAAAACACACCUCAUUGUAAUGGACUGUCAACAAAUGGCCUCCUCAAAGAUUUCAGCAAAUUGACAACAAAUUGUUCCAAUCAGUUCGACACCAGAGAUGAUGAAUCGUGUUCAGACAUUUUACAUUGCGAUAGUAAUAGACACAAAGUUGAUCAAGCUGAAAGCUGUGAUAUUCAAUACGACUGUGAUAACACUCGAGAAGAAGGUCACACUGGUUGGGGUGACCCCUGUGAUGACCAAUUGACACCACAAACUUCACAGUGUCAGGUCUCGGAUAACCCUACAAGUGACGAGAACCAGUGGGGGGAGCAACAGAUUUGUGAAAAUGAAAAUCAAGCUGAUGUUUUCUCUUCUGUCGGACAUUUUGGAAAAUCAGAUAAAUGUGACGUUAAAAAGUCUGCCCCUGUUGAUCUUUCCAAGGUUGCGUUUCCAGACCCACUGUUGUCACUAGAUGUGGAUAUAGACCUGAGUAAGUAUAUCGGUCCAAGUCCCUGCACUAUCCUACAAGCCCUCACCAUGUCAAACGCCAACGACUUCUUUAGUCUGGAGCGACUGGAGACAAUCGGCGACUCGUUUCUUAAGUAUGCCAUCACUGUGUACCUGUACUGUACUUAUCCAGGUAUACAUGAGGGUAAACUGAGCUACCUGCGUAGUAAGCAGGUGAGUAACUGUAACUUGUACAGGCUAGGUAAGAAGACUGGCCUUGCCGAGUGUAUGAUCUCCACAAAGUUUGAGCCAUAUGAAAACUGGCUGCCACCUGGUUACGUCAUCAAUGAGACAAAACGGAAGGGCCCUGUCCCACACGUGGUGUUGAGUAAGACAAGUGAUCUUGCCAAGGAAGCUCAUGAAAGGAUAACAGAGAAACUGGGUACCAGGAAGUUACAGGAAUAUGGAAAAACAUUUACAGAGGAUGAGAUUGACCAACAGAUCAUUGAUAUUGACCAAUGGCAGGAGGUUGAGGAGCAGGACAUGGAAGUGAAUGAGGUGAAGGGUUCGGACGUGUUUUCUUACUGUCUACAGACGCUCCACAGUAUACCGGACAAGUCCAUCGCCGACUGUGUCGAGUCCCUCAUCGGAUGCUAUCUCACUUCUUGUGGAAAGAAGGCUGCCCUACGGUUCAUGUUCUCACUGGGGCUGAAAGUGUUGCCACCUAGAGCAGCUACAGUAGGAGACAAACCUGACGAGGAGACAUCCACAAGCUCACAGGAGGAGCAUCAGAUUGUGAGUUCCUAUGGGUAUCAGUGUCCACCAUCACCACUACUGUCUAACACAAACGACAACAGGCGUCUGAUGGAACACCUUCUUAUUGGCUACGAAUCGUUUGAGGAGAAGAUCGGCUACAAGUUCCGUGACCGGGCCUACCUUCUUCAAGCCUUUACCCACGCGUCAUAUCACUACAACAACAUCACCGACUGUUACCAACGACUUGAAUUCCUGGGGGACGCCAUCCUUGACUACGUGAUCACACGACACCUGUACGAGGACUCGUGUAAGUACUCCCCGGGAGUACUCACUGACCUCAGGUCGGCGCUAGUCAACAAUAACAUCUUCGCCGCACUGGCCGUCAAGUGGGACUUCCACAAGUACUUCAAGGCCAUUUCACCACCAUUGUUCCAGGUCAUUGAGAAGUUUGUGGCAAAACAGAAGGAAAGAGACGACGAAAUUGAUUUGGAGGAUGAGGAUGAGAAUGAAGAUGCCAGUGAAGAGUAUGUGGAACUUGAGGUACCAAAAGCACUAGGGGACAUCUUUGAGUCCCUAGCUGGUGCCAUAUACCUGGACAGUGGUCUGUCGCUGGACGUUGUCUGGAGAGUGUACUACAGAAUGAUGAAACCUCAAAUUGACAAGUACCUGAAGAGUAUCCCCAAGUCACCAGUCCGUGAGCUGCUGGAAAUGGAACCAGAGACCGCCAAGUUUGAAAAACCGGAGAGGACCUUAGAAGGGAAAAUCCGGGUCACAGUCAAUGUUGUCAGUAAAGGCGUAUUUGUUGGAAUUGGACGCAAUUACCGUAUUGCCAAAAGUGCUGCUGCCAAGAAAGCCCUGCGCUGUAUGAAAGCUAUGCAAAGUCAAGGACUGAUAUAAAGGCAACACCUCCCCUGACUCUGUCUUAGUCCCAGGCCCCAUCCACUGAUGUCAGCUCCUUGUGCAAGAUAUAGGGAGCCCGUUCUAGUUUGUCAAUGGAUAUUUUUGUUUGUGUGGGUGGAAUACGCCAAACAAACACUACUGCAGGCCGUGACAGUCAUGUUUAGUCUUAAAUUUAUGUCGCCCAUACUGAGCUUUUUGUUUAAUAUUCCUGCCAUAUGAACACAAAUAUUCAAUAAGGAUGUAACUGAUUUGGGUUCAUUAUGGGCAUUGAAAGUCCUCGUUAACCCUUUCACCCCUAUGUCACUUUAGUAGACUCUACCAUACAUUGAUAUGGAUGAGUCUAUUAUGGUCUAUAGUGGUGGAAGGGUUAAUACUCACUGAGGAACUUUGCCAGACGUCUACAUCUUGCUAUCAUCAUUAAGGACCAGCCGUGGUACAACUGGUCAGAAGGUAAUGGAGAGAUGCCAAGACUGCAGUCUGGCCAGCGGAGUGGCUGUUGUUGGCUAGAUAGAAUUGGCGCUCCCCUAGGUUUAUUAAGUUGGUGAGAUAUCAACUUAUCAUUAGUAUACUAUUUUGAGGGGUAUUCAAUGCUGACAUUUGAUACAGUAAUUUGUUAUGGUACAAUUAUCACAAGUCUUGAUAUUACAUGUUGAAAUUUUCGACUGUAAUAUCAAGAUUAAUUCUUCAUGUUUUACAUUGUAAUUGGUGUUAUUAUGAUUUAAAAAUAAAUUCAAGCAACAACCGAGAUUUGCGCUGCAACUCAAAUAUGUCAUUGUAAUCGGUAUUUUUUUCAAGAACCUAUUUGUAAAUGUUAUUGCAAUUUCAUUAAGUCCAAUAUUCAGAUUUGAAAGUUGAAAAGUAUAUUGAAAUAACCAUAAAUGUUUACAGUUUUUUUCCAAACUAUGACAUUCUAACUGUAUACCUACAUUCCAUCACAAGGCGGUAGAGGUGAUGUACUGGUGAAGGAAAUUAGCCAGGAAAACCUGCUGCAUCAACUUUAUAUUGUUGUAUGAAAUAUACAGGUAACCAGAUUAAAUUGACCCGUUAUUAAUCACAAUCCCUCUUGCAGUGAAGAAUAACUAAUAUACAGGUAACCAGAUUAAAUUGACCCGCUAUUAAUCACAAUCCCUCUCGCAGGGAAGAAUAACUACAAAAGAAAAUCAGCUAGUUUAGUUUUUUCGAUUCUUUCUCCAUGGAAUCUUUCAGAUUAGGAAAGAAGGACUAAUUCACUGGUGUUUCUUGUUUUAAUAAAUCUUACGUGAACAAUGUUAUAUCCAGAUCCUGUCUGCUCUGGAAACUGGCAUUGUUUUACCUGUCUAGUGUAAAGGUCGUGGUUGAUACACCCUAUACAUUCUGGCCUUCUCAUUUUUCCUCUGUGGUGGCUAUACCUAUAGAAGUCACUCAUACUAGAAUUAAACAUUGCUAGACUUUUGUACAGCCUGUAGUUAAAAGUAGGAAACAUUUUCCUAUUUAAUUUGAUCAAGGUUUCUUGGUGUGAUGUAGACGAUUGAGCAGAUUGAGUAAAAUGAUGGAAGAUUUGUGUUAAUCCAUUGGAGGUCCCAUUAUUUUUUUCUCCAAAAGAUACCUUUUUCUUUUAAUAUAGUUAAAGGGAGACAAUCCAUAUAAAAAAACGUUUUAUCAAAGGUACUGAAAAAGAUGUGACCUAUCGUUAUUCCUUCUGACUGAGAAGUUAAACAUAAUAUGUCACCAUCUUUCACCACACCCCAGAAAUAAUUCAACUUAAAAGACAAUGAACAAAUGUAACUUCACUUUGUUACCUAUUUCAAUAUUUUCGCAUAUUUUGUUACAAGAAUGCCUCAAAAAGAUUCUCAGUAUUUCAGUUCAAGGGCGGCCACAUAUUGUUUUGCCCUGUGGUAUUCUGGUUUUCACACUAUAGGGCUACAGGCCAUCACCUCACCACCACUGAUAAUGUUCUGGUAACAUGUAGAGUUUGACAACAGUUGUAUCGCACAUAUUUAUCACAAUCCCUUUACAAUAUUUGUGUAUCUUUUGUUGUACCAUUAAAAUCAAACAUCAGUACAUUUGUUUACCUACAAAGUUUACUUUCAUUACUAAUAUACAUUGUAUAUGGUCGUUAGAUGAGAAAUGACUGACAAAUCAAAUUUAUUUAGGGCUUUGUGCAAUAUCUUACUUCAAUGGCAUAUCAGUGUGGAAUUUCUUCCUAUUGUUUAUGGUGUUUAUCUAGCACACUCCUAAUUUCUAUAAUAUUUUUGUAGAUCAUUCCACGUUUUAUGUUGUACCUGGUUAGUAUAGUAGGGUUUUUCUUCUCAGUUUUUUUAAUCCUAAACAUUCUUCGCUUUCAUGAAAAAACAAUACAAAACAAAUACUUAAUAGCAUGAAGGAUGUCAGAAAUGUACAUACACCAACAGGUACAUGACAGGAUGUCAGAAAUGUACAUACACUAACAGGUACAUGACAGGACAUCAGAAAUGUACAUACACUAACAGGUACUUGACAGGACAUCAGAAAUGUACAUACACUAACAGGUACAUGACAGGACAUCAGAAAUGAACAUACACUAACAGGUACAUGACAGGACAUCAGAAAUAAACAUACACUAACAGGUACUUGACAGGAUGUCAGAAAUGUACAUACACCAACAGGUACUUGACAGGAUAUCAGAAAUGUACAUACACCAACAGGUACUUGACAGGACAUCAGAAAUGUACAUACACCAACAGGUACUUGACAGGAUGUCAGAAAUGUACAUACACCAACAGGUACUUGACAGGACAUCAGAAAUGUACAUACACCAACAGGUACUUGACAGGACAUCAGAAAUGUACAUACACCAACAGGUACUUGACAGGAUGUCAGAAAUGUACAUACACCAACAGGUACUUGACAGGACAUCAGAAAUGUACAUACACCAACAGGUACUUGACAGGACAUCAGAAAUGUACAUACACCAACAGGUACUUGACAGGAUGUCAGAAAUGUACAUACACCAACAGGUACUUGACAGGACAUCAGAAAUGUACAUACACCAACAGGUACUUGACAGGACAUCAGAAAUGUACAUACACCAACAGGUACUUGACAGGAUGUCAGAAAUGUACAUACACCAACAGGUACUUGACAGGACAUCAGAAAUGUACAUACACCAACAGGUACUUGACAGGAUGUCAGAAAUGUACAUACACCAACAGGUACAUGACAGGAUGUCAGAAAUGUACAUAUAUACACUAACAGGUACUUGACAGGAUGUCAGAAAUGUACAUACACCAACAGGUACUUGACAGGAUGUAAGAAAUGCACAUACACCAACAGGUACUUGACAGGACAUCAGAAAUGUACAUAUAUAUACCAACAGGUAAUUGACAGGAUGUCAGAAAUGUACAUACACUAACAGGUACUUGACAGGACUUUAGAAAUGUACAUACACCAACAGGUACUUGACAGGACAUCAGAAAUGUACAUAUAUAUACCAACAGGUACUUGACAGGACAUCAGAAAUGUACAUACACCAACAUUACUUUAAUAGUUGAUGGUACUUUUCAGUAUAAAUGUUUCGGAGACUCGCAAUAGAUCAACUGGUUAUUAUUAUUUUUUUCAUAAAAAGUUUAUUUUUAUUUAUUAUUUUCAGUAUAAAUGAGAUCAGAAUGUCCUAUUUGGCUACAACUACUUGCACUUUUGUAUUAAUCAACAGGUACAUACAAUGUUUAAGGAAUAUUUAAAUAUUUGGAACACAUGAAAUAUGCAGAAAAAUUACUAGGUAUUGGAUUGUUUAUUUAUUUUUUUAAAUGAUGUGAGGUCAUAAAAUUGUGAUACACGUAUGUGUUUUAUAGGUAUAUAUAUUGAAUACUGUAUUAACAUUUGUAUUGUAUUUUUACAUAAUAAUUGGUGCUAUAAUUUUCAAAGUGCUAGAUUAAGAAAUAGAACAUUUGUAUGAAUUUGUCCUGUAAACUUAAUUGUCAUUGACAUCAAUAGAAUAACAGUUAUGAUGUGUCAGGGUCGUGUUACUUCUGUAAGCGAUGGUUACUCUGUGAUGUGUCACGGUCGUGUUACUCCUGUAAGCGAUGGUUACACUGUGAUGUGUCACGGUCGUGUUACUUCUGUAAGCGAUGGUUACACUGUGAUGUGUCACGGUCGUGUUACUUCUGUAAGCGAUGGUUACACUGUGAUGUGUCACGGUCGUGUUACUCCUGUAAGAGAUGGUUCCACUGUGAUGUGUCCCGGUCGUGUUACUCCUGUAAGCGAUGGUUACACUGUGAUGUGUCCCGGUCGUGUUACUCCUGUAAGCGAUGGUUACACUGUGAUGUGUCACGGUCGUGAUACUCCUGUAAG